GUUGUUUCCCCCCUUCGCAAAGCUAUACGUAGGACACACACAAUGCAUACGCAUCGGGCGCCCUCGCUCUGAGAAGUCACUUCCUCUUCUACCCCCUCUCUCCUGAAAGAAGAACGAAAGAAUGAUCCGAUUCGUUCGCGCGUGUCGCUCCAAAAAAGGAAGCCUUUUCGCAACCAGUGUGAGGCUGUUAAAACGUGUUAAAGUUAGCCCCCUAAAGGAUGGGGUUAUUAAAAAAAAAAUUGGGGAGGCACAGGGGAAGGUGACUGUGGAUGAUGCCCUGCAGUACUUCACCAAGGCGGAGCUCUUUUUUCUCUUCUUCUUUCCGUUCACUUGUGUAUCUGCCUAUGUGGUCGCCAUGUGGACCCUCUUCAAAGCAAACCCGUCAUCGUGGCGGAGAAGAAGUUCGAGUAGCCCCCAGGCGGUGCGCCGCUUUACCGCUCACCGCUUUACCUCUUACCGCUCACCGCUCACCGCUCACCGCUCACCGCUCACCGCUCACGGCCCCCCCAAGUGUUUAUUUUUGCGGAGCGCGGCCUCGAUCCGCUCUGCGCGCCUGUAGAGCUCCACGACGUUGAGCGACUUUACAAACCGGAGGAGCGGGGCGAUCUGCAUCCCCUCCAAGU